AUGACGGUAUAUCACAUUGCUCUCCUACGCCUCAAACCCGAAGCGUCCCGAAGCCAACUUGAGGAGUGGUCACAAAAAGCUAAGUCCAUGGUUUCUAAAGUCCCUGGUUUGUCUCUCCAUAUAAAUCAGCCCUUGCCGCUAUCUGUUUCUAGAUGCGAAGGAUUUGAUAUGGGCAUGGUGGCAGUUUUGCUGUCUGCAGAUAAUAUUGAAGGAUAUAUAACUGAUCCUUCACAUUUAGAAGUCCAAAGGCUGAGAGAAGAGUUAUUUAAGGAUGCUCUUGUCUAUGACCUGGAAUUUUGA